AUCCGGACGAUGCAGCUGGGAAAAGCGCGGUUUGGUGGACGCCAGCAUGUACGCCUGGGAGACCAUCGCCCGCGCCCGGGAAGCCUUCGCCCGCGCGCGGAAGGCCGGUGCGUCACCAUCCGAGGGCCUCGAGAAGGCCAUGGAGCUCUUCCAGCAGCCUGGACCCAUCUACGACUUUCGAGCUCUCGUUCAAGAGCUGCAGCGGCUCGUGGAAACGUCCGACGUCUCUACCAUGGACGCGUUCCUGCACCUUGCGACGGUGGUUCCACAUCAAGACUGUACAGUACGCGCGAAGGAAGUGGGUCAUACCUUGGUCUGCUUGGCGCUGGCCCUCGGUGGCGGCAGGACGACCGCCACAGUGGUCUGCACGCUCGUGGGCGCCAUUUUGACGAAUCCGCGCACGGCCGUUGGCUUUGUGUCGGCGUUCACAAGCGAGUGGGGUAAAAUCCAGGCUGUGGGUGAGACCAAGGCUGGGGAGACGAGCCACGCGCUCAUUGGCAAGUACCAUACGUGGGUACGAACGUGCUACCGCCCCCUUGUGCAGCCCAUCAUAAUGAGCUCGCCACUGGAGAGCGCGCAAGAAUUCAUCGAGACGUGGACCAUCUUUGCGACGAUGCAAGCCUCGUACAAAGACAAGUCCGGAGCCGCCGACAGUGCCCGUACGGCCCUCGACGUGUUCUGCGAUCCUCGCACAAACGCCGAGGCCCGUAGCAGCAUGGCCGGCAGCAUGCACGAGCUACUUGGACUCCUGAAUGCAGUCGAUGCCCAGCGCGUCGCGACCAUCAUCGUUGAAGAGACGCUCUUGCACGCCUCGCCACGGGCACGGACGGAACUGCUCUCGCUGCUCGAGCACCUCGUGCAAGACGGUGUUGCGACACCUCAACACUUUGUGAUGGUCUGUCACCUUUUUGCGACCGCCACAGUGCCCGACGAACAGUCCAUCUGGCUCGCACUCUUCCGCUUGUGGAUCGAGGUCGCCACCAAGGCCACUUCUCACGACGCCGUGCUCCCCACGGCCUACCUCAUCCCUCCAUUGAUCCAGCGCCACGCCGUCGCGUCGAUAGGCUCGUUCGCGACAGCGGCGCUCCUGGACGCAGCGAACAAGUAUGCGUACAAUCGUCGGUGCGCGGCCGUCGACGCCGUCACGAUUUCGCCCAACGAAGCGGGUGUCAUGACGCUGCGCUGUCACACGUUUGCGUUCAACGACCUGCUGGCAACAUUACCCGCGCCCAGCGGCGCGUACGAUGCAGGCGCGGUGCUCACGGCAGCCAGCGCGCUCGUUGCGUUUGGCUGGGUGAGUUCAGACGAGCUCGUGGCCUAUCUUGACACGUGUGCUCACGUGUGGCCCGAGGCGCGUGGGAUCGUGACCCCGUGUUUUCUCUACAUGGCGUCGGUGCGGUACGACCCCACGGUGUUCGCGACACUUCUCAACAUCCCUGCCAUCCACCAGUGCACGUACUGCAGCAAGACACCGUUCCAUCCCCUCGCCUACUGCGCGGCCCUCAAGAUUGCCAUACAAGAGAAAAGGCCGCUGCGAAAGGGCGCUGUCGUGACGACCACGUUCGACUGCUCGUAUUGUCGCUAUUUGGAGCUCCUCGAGGCGACGGGCCACGUCGCUCCAGCAAGCACGCCGAGACUCGCGUCCCCGAAAUUUCAUCGAGAGCACAGCUGCAAUGCGCUGUUGCAAGACAUUGCCGACGGCUGCGUCCGCGUCGGCUACGUCUACCCCGCCGCGGUGGGCCCACCGAAGGGCUGGGUCAACUACUUGGCGGGCAAGUUCGUCGUGCGAAAACACCCGGGAAAACAACAGAGAAAGGCGCGAGAACGGUUCUUGGCAAGCACCUCUGAAGCCAACCUCGACACGUCGUCCGAACCACGUGCCAAGCGCCAACACAUGCAGAAGGCGACGACCGACGAUAACCCGUCGCCUUCGUACGUCGACCCCACGAGGAUCGACUCAAGGGCAGUCGAAAAAACCGCCCGCGGAAACGGUGUCGCUCCAAGGCGUUGAAAAAGCUCGUGGCGAGCACCACUGUGAGUACCCUCGGCGCGUCGUCCGAGCCAAGUGCUGAGCGCUACAGCACACUAAGGACCAUGACUGCCGCGUCCAGGUCGUAGCCAGUGUACUAGACAAACACGAGUUCAUUUCAUGUGUUUGGCGGCAACA